CUCAUGGCGCGAAGCCAAAGCCAAAGCGGCGAAAGGGCCAAAAAAUCUUGAUAGCUGUCGUAUCCAAAGGCUCUACGUUGCCGCCUGUUGCUAACUUCUCUCGUACGACAGGGGCAUUUUCUUUUCUCCAUGGACAAGGGCCUGCUUGCCCUCAACAAUCUGUCGCCGCGAUCGAAGCCUGAAGUCUUUAGACCGUUGACACCGGCGACAAUGAGACCGGUGGAGAUCUUCGUGCUCGAGCAUGCCCUCAAAUACCAGAUGGGCAAUGCCGUGAAAGCUCUACGUGGCCGGGGUAACAAGCAGACCAUUGUGUACAAUUUGAGCUCACCAUACAUCUGCCUUAUGUACUUGGUGCACAUCUUCAGUGGCUACCUGACCUCAUCAUACCAAACAAUCUCCACUUGGGAUCCUGCAGUCCUCAAGGUGCUGGUAGAUGCUUUCAUGGACAUGUACUCCCGAGAAAAGUUCACCUCCGAGAAGGUCCUUGUCCCUCUCAUCUUGCGUGCCCGGUUGUUGGAGAUCAUUGUGUACGCUGAAAAGGCAAUGCCACCUGGCUAUGUGCUGGAAAAGCUGGAUGCAUAUUUUCCACAGCCCACGGACUCUACCUGGAAGGAGUUCGGUCAGACCUACUCUCUCAAGGGCAAGUCCAUGUCGUGGCUCCUGGACACUUGCAAGAAAUCCCGCCAGUACAUAAUGAACCUGGUGAUGAAGAAAAAACGCUUGGACAGUGACUCGCGUGACCUUGAAGGAUUUGUGGUGACUGUCAAGCGCCUUGUUGACCAGAUUGCUGCUGACCUCUCUGCAACCAUCCCACGAACUGGCCUGGAAAAGAUUCUUGCGGGAGAGAAGCUUCAGCUCGACCUGGACACCGAGCAGAUAAUUCAGACAGUGAUCAACAAGAACCAGCCAAUCAUGGAGAAGCAUCUGCUUCAUCUGCUUGAGCUUCAGGAGUCGGUGGAGCACCCUGUCGAGCUGAAAUCCAUUGCAGCUGACGACCUCUGAGGCACUCCUCGAGCGGACAGGGCUAUUGGCGUAUCGAUGUGAGGAAAUCUGUGUGAAUUUGAGGAAGUAGGUGCGAAGGCCAGUUCAUAGUUAUGACCUGCCAUGUGGGUUUUCCUCUGGUGUAGAAUUGUUACGACUGGAGGUUCACCUCGAAACCCCCCCCUGUCAGAUGUGCUUUUGUGCCACGGAGGACGGAACAUUUGAGGAGAGGUAUCUCACCAGGUGGUGUACCAUUAGGUGCACUAGGUGUACCACUAGGUACUAGGUGUACCUAGUGGUACACCUAGUGGUAUCUCACCACUAGCGGGCACGGGCCGCCCAGUCAUGAUGCAUCUGGUGAAGGGAAAAUGUAGGGUUUCUGUACAAAAGUGCACUAAAUAUUAGGCAUGCUAAGCAUGUGUUACCUGACCAGGUGCCUGUGCUUUCCGAAAUCUUUGGUGGUACCUUCAGACCUCAAAGCUGAACGCAAUAUAUCUGCUAUAAUACAGCUUCAGUAUAUCUGCUGAACGUAUAAAGGAAGAUGAAGUUGAAUUAAGAAGUAUAACUUAAUGCACCAAAUGAGCAUUCUUUAUCACUUGUGCAGCAAAACCUAUCUUUUGAACUAUUAAUAUGACUUCUUCCUUUUUCUUGUUAGUUGCUGUGUAGCCAAUGUGUUCAUUUCACAUAAGGUGGAAAGCAGUGUCAGAGAAAUAGCCAGGUAUUGGGAGUUCUGUCCACAUGUUUCUUUUCCUUAUUCUUUCUUUUCCACUGUUUUCUCUCUACGUGAAGUUGGACUACCGCAACCCUGCAUUAUAUUCAAUGGGUUCUUCUGAAAAGUGUCAAGCCUGCUUUGCAGCUGGCACAUUGUUGUUCUCAGCAUUAACAAUACACAAGCUCUAAUACACCAGUUUCGAACCCCACGCAGUAGACAACACCUCAUCACCAGGCAAAACUCUUGACUUUACAACGAUGCAACAGAAAGAGAAGUUUUGCCUUCUAGAAAAUUCUUGUUUCAUGUUUAGCACUACUUCUUUCUCAUCGCACAGCUUUUGUCAUUUUUCCUUCUGUACAUUUACCAUUAUUAUAUAGCCCUGAGCUGGAUCGCUGCUUCAUACAGUUUUGUUUGCCAGCAAACACAUUUAAGUGGGAAAAGGUACAGGUAUGUUUCCUGGGCUCUAUGUUGAAGUGCAGUCAUUUUAAUGUGUCCAGAACUCCAACCUUUGAACUCAUUUAGUUUCUUUUAAGCUUUUCUCGCUCUGAAACUGCUUUUAAAGAUUAUAAGUGACUGCUUUGAGAAUGUUAAGCUAUGUGAAUUGAAAGUGGAGAAUUGGUAAUGCAAAUUUAAUCAAGUGGCACGAAAGCAAGGAAUCUAGAGUAUAAACAUGUUUUUCAUGCACAUAUGGAGCUAGUGGUAUUCCAUAGAACAUGUGAAAAAUUAAUAUUGGCUGGUAGAGUGGUGUAGUGUUUUCUGCUCUUCUAGAGCUCUUGUUGCAUCUAGGAUGCCCAAAAAGACCGUGCAAAUCUGAUUUGUGCGACAUUUAUGGAUGUUAUCAUUUUGCUGUACAUAUUGCCAGAAUGGAUACCAUAUGGCCAGACUAUUAUAUAACUGGUGUCAGUAGACCUAACCACAUCUCACCGAUAACAACGGUCUUCCAUGUGGGACAUGCUCAGAACAUCCUUUUAUGUGUGUGUUGUUGGGAGCCAUAUUUCACUUUCACUUUGUAGUUAACAGCUUUUGCAUUGUCGAGUGGACAUAUCGUUUAAACUUAUUUGUUCUGAGGCAGUAGCCUUUUUAUGCUCUUUUAUAGCUACUGGGAAUCAUCUGAGUGUUCUAUAUGAAACCUUUGGCCACAUAAGGGUGGGUCAAGGUCUUGCAGGUAGUUAAGCAAGACACCUGCACUUGUGUUUUAGCUGUUUUUGGUGGAAUUUCUCAUAUAGAUCUUAACAAGUUGCCCAUUGCAUUGUAUAUGGCAAAACAAUGUCUACAGGGAGCAUCAUAUUUGUACAGUUAUAAACCUGCCAGUUGAUCUCAAUUAAGUAUUCCCAAAGACUUGUGGCCUCAUGUUUUCGCCUUUUCUUUCGAUUCAUAUGUGUAGACAGUGUGUAUUAUUAUGACAAUAGAAAUUCUGCUGUUUGGUUUGUGCAACAUUGAAAGUAUAGAACUGACUGUAGAACCUCUUGCCAAACUCAUUGUGUGCCUGACAUCAACACCAUGCAAAUUUGUUCAUCCAGGCUGCUGUGCUCAAAUUGAGACUAUACUCUGUUUCAGUAGUUCUUCACA